AAGUUCCUCGUCGCUACUUUGUUCGCCUUCUUCUGCCUCUUCGCCGUGGCCCUGGCUGAUGGUGAGGAUUCCACGACGGUGGUGAGCUCCACCAGCGUGGUGCAGGGCGUCAACGUGGCCGCCUCGCCCGUGGUGGUCCCAGCCGGCUCCACCACGAUUCUGACCGCCGACAACGAUGGCAACGACGGCCUCUACAACGCCGACAGCGUCGUCUUCCUGCUCGAGGUCUCCGCUGCUGGCUCGCUCUCCCCCUUCAAGUUCUUCUAG